AUGAAUGUCUUAAAAGUCAGGCUGAAUAAUCACAUAAAAACAUUUCAGAGCGAAGUUAAAAACGAGAUUGACGGAACGGAAGUUAUGAUUAGAAAAUUCAUAGACAGCAAUUUGAUUGCCAGUGCCGUUUCCUGCCUGGAACUGAGAUCUAGUUUGGUUAAUUCUGUUAUUUGCAGUGAAAUUAAACAAUUAAAAAUCAAGUCAAUAGAUCCCCAGACUAUGUUUUCAGAGCUGCUUGGGGAAGAAUGUAGAUAUAUUUUUGAUAAGAUAACGGUUUCAGAUCGUAGAAAUCCGAGCGGAUCGGUAAACACUCUUAGAUCAGUGGCUGACCAACUGUUUUCAGAUAGAAUAUAUGAAAAUGAGUUUAUGAAAAUAGCAGAUCAAAAUUUUAUUACAGAUUUCGAAAGAUCUAUAUCCAAAAAAUCAAGUAAAUAG